AUGAGUUACUUCAAGGAUCAGUACAGGCAGUACCAGGCCAAUCCCAAGUCGGACGCCGUCAAAUUGGCCGACGACGUGUCCUUGAUCUAUGUUCCCACUACCACCAAGGUCGAAUCGCGCGACGCAGUGAUUACCCAUGUGCAGAAACAGGGCUUCGUGGUCAAGAAGAGAUCGGAGCAGAUCAUCAGCUCCAUUGAGGGUUCCGACGCGCUAUGCCUAGAGAUGGAGACUACAUUGGAGUUCAUGGAAGGUGGCGGGGCCUAUCUCCCCUCGCUGGACGAUAAUUUCCUGGCCGACCGUGUCGUCACUUUCCCCACGAUGCACAUCGUCACGUUUGCGAACAAUGAAAUCAAGCAGAUUCGCAUUUACUGGGACCAGGGUUCACUGUUGAAGCAAGUCGAGGUUAUUGGCGCGCGUGGACGCGCCUGGCCCAUCCGUGAUGGAAAGGACCAGGUCCGUUGUCUCAAGACUGCCACGACCGAAUCGUCCACGCCCUCGCUUUUGUCUUCGACACAGCGCGAGCUUCCUCAGCGCCCUGCCUCCCCUGGCAAGCGUCACAUUAAGGAUCCAUAUGCCGCAGAGUCCUUGACUGAGUUGCUCUCCCCCAGCAAGGAAGCCGCUGCGCUUGACUUGGGUGAUUCACCUCCCAGGAGUGCUACCGCUGCUAAGCGUUAUACCCAGGACCCGUAUGGAGCUGGAUCUUUGAAUGAGCUUCUGUCCCCUAGCAAGAAGGCCGCUGAGCCUAUGCGUCCCUUUGCGCCAUCUGCGUCUCGUCCUCCCCAGCGCAACAUCAGUGAGCUGUUCUUGAAGGAUGACGAUAUUCCUGACUCGCCCUCCAAGCCCCAGCGCAGAGUCCCCAAGAUGGACGACGACGAGGAAGAAAACGCUGGCCUAGGCCCCGUUGACGAGAACCGUAGCUUCUACAAGACCAUUCCUGGAAAGUACAGUCACUUUGAGAUUGGCGGCGAUAACAACUCCAACCGUGAGAUCCAGCACGAAACCAGACACACCAACGCUUACAACACGCCCCACUGGGAAUUCGAUGACUUUUCUGCGACUCCCAAGAAGCCUUCGCGGGUCCCCCGCGGCGAGGAAGUGCGCCACUUUGGUUUUGAGAACGAGAAGAGCUUCCAGACUCCCCCAGGCAAGGCCAAUGUGGCCAAGCCCCGUCGUGAUGCUGAUGUCCACUUCGAGUUGACCGACGACGACGACAAGGAGGAUGCCCGCAUUAUCAGCUCCUUCGGCGGCCGUGGCAAGAACCUCUACCAGAACCGUCUCUACGACGAGCACGGAGACCCCGAGCUCACAGAGAAGGAGAAGAAGCAGGAGCCUCUGGGCGUUGUUGGCAAUGCCGCUAACCGCAAGAAGAACUUCGACUCUCAGUGGGAGAUGAGAGAUGACUCCCCCAAAGCCAGUGAAAACAUCAAGCCCGCCGCUCAGAACCACUCCAAGGCCGUCAAGAUGAUGGAGUCUUCCUGGGAUAACUUCGAGGACUCGCCCGAGCCCAAGCGAACUGCCACGUCUCAACGCGAUCCCACGCGUCACAACCAGCCGAGCUGGACUCAUGGUGACGAAUAA